UCCAGCAUGGUAACCUCCAUGGACUGUAAAUAAAGCCGGCAGCGAAGCGCUAAUGAGAGCACUUUAAAUGAAGUAGGUGAAAUAAACAAUAUUUGGGGAUUUAUUUGCAAGCUGUGGUUUAAUUAGUAUGAAUUAAUCUGACGUUGAUUCGACGGAUGAGAUACUUUAAUUUUAUAUUAGGUUAUAAUCAGAAGUCAUGGCUAUGCAAGCGCCCUUUUCUGGACUUUUCUUGAUGCAUAGACUGUUAAGAAUAAGCACACCCGCUCAUAUACAGCUCAGUAACAGGAUUAUACUCGGAAAAUUACAUAAAUGUGGGAGGGUGAUGAGAACGUUUUCGACUUCAAUCGUGGAUUAUAAAGAAAAUGAAGGUGAUAAUGCAGAGUCUUCACCUUUAAGCACUAAGCUGGCCUACAAGCGUGCACUGCUGUCCAAAAGGAGAAGGCCCUUGUCCCCCCUGGAGAGGAUCAGUGGCAUGCUCCCCCAGGAUACCCUGAGCCAUGAAGUGAUGCAACUGAGGGAGCAGAACCAGCAAGACCCUGAAGAUGGGACAAAUAUCCAGGAAACAGUUGCACAAGAGGAGGUUGGACAUGAGAUUAUCCCCAGUGAGGUUGAUUCAGAUACCCCUCAUGCUCCAGAUGUUGAUGAGGAGUUACUUAGUGCAGAGACUCAGCCAAACACAACAUUUAAUGAGGACAGAGGUUUAAAAUCGUCCACCCUUCCAGGGGAGAACUUGAUUGCAUUUGGGGAGCUGCUUGUGGCUGAGUAUCACAGGCAGGGGAAGGUGAGCUUCAGGAAGAUGUUCGAGCUGCAGAGAGGGGCACGGCUGAUGAGCGGAUGGGGCAUCAUCAUGCAUGAUAACAUAGCCGGGCAGCCUGCGGGUUGCUUCUUAAAAACAAGCAGGGGUGUUUCCCUCUUCAUACGCCGGGCCAGUCUGGAGGAUUAUGUGCUGUUCAUGAAGAGGGGGCCGGCCAUCUCCUACCCAAAGGAUGCAGUGACCAUGUUGAUGAUGAUGGAUGUGACAGAGGGAGACUGUGUGCUAGAGUCAGGCUCAGGGUCCGGGGGCAUGUCUAUGUUCCUGUCCAGAGCAGUUGGCUCUAAGGGUCGUGUGCUGAGUCUGGAGGUCAGAGAGGAUCAUCACAAAAGAGCUGUUCUAAACUACCAGCGGUGGAGAGCAGCGUGGAGUCAGCGAAGAGGGGAGGAGUGGCCCGACAACAUCCAGUUUCUCCAAGCUGACCUCUGCAAUGCUUCCUCAUUCCUCACUGGCCAGGGAUUCCACUCGGUUGCUCUUGACUUAACCAGUCCUCAUCUGGUGUUAUCCACUGUGACUCCACAUCUGCACCCUGGAGGUAUUUGUGCUGUCUACCUCGCCAACAUAACACAGGUCACUGACCUGCUGGAAGGGCUUCGAUGUCUAAAGCUCCCUCUUCUGCGUGAAAGCAUAGUCGAGGUUCCGAUCAGAGAUUGGCUGGUGGCCCCAGCCCUCCAGAAAGAUGGGAGAUACUGCAGUCGGAAAGACCCAAGACUGAUUAAAGUCCAGGGGGAGGAUGAGACAUCAGCUGGCACUGACAAAGGAGAGACGGCAACAGAGGAACAGCCAGCCUUCGGGAACGUCCCCUACAUAGCAAGGCCACAUCCUGAUCAGAAGAGCCACACAGCGUUCCUAGUGAAACUGAGGAAGUAUGUGCGAUAGCUACUCUGCCUGUAAAGGAUCAAUGACAAAAAAGAAUGAUUCAACCAAAGCUGUUUUCUUCCUGUGGCAAACUUGGGGAAUAGAUAAAUUAUAUCAAAAUGU